GUGCAAAUAGUCGUGUAUAUAAAGUCAAGAGGUUCAGGUCUCCUUAUAGGAGAAAGUAGUUCCAAAUUGCUUGUAAUUGAAUAAUUGGCACAAAAAUGCACACAAUUAAAAUAUUUCUUUUUAUUGUACCUCUAGUAAUUUCUUCCAGAAUUGAUUCAGACAAUUCAUCAUUUGAUUCUGUGUCUUCAGAGCCAAAAUCAAGGUUUGCUAUGUUAGACGAUGUCAAAAUUUUAGCCAAUGGCCUCCUUCAGCUGGGACAUGGACUUAAAGAUUUUGUCCAUAAGACUAAGGGCCAAAUUAAUGACAUAUUUCAGAAACUCAACAUAUUUGACCAAUCUUUUUAUGAUCUAUCACUUCAAACCAACGAAAUCAGAGAAGAGGAAAAGGAACUAAGGAGAACUACAUCCAAAUUACAAGUCAGAAACGAGGAGGUGAAGAACAUGUCACUGCAACUCAACUCAAAACUCGACAGCCUACUAGAAGAGAGAACUGCACUUCAGCAGAAAGUCAGUGCUCUGGAGGAGCAGCUGAGCAACUUAAUUCAAAGCAAACCCGGGGCUCAGGAGCACCCAGAAGUGACAUCCCUUAAAAGUUUUGUAGAACAGCAAGAUAACAGCAUCAAAGACCUCCUCCAGACUGUGGAAGAGCAAUAUAAGCAACUGAGUCAACAGCACAGUCAGAUAAAAGAAAUAGAAAGUCAGCUCAGAAAGACUGGUAUUCAAGAACCCACAGAAAAUUCCCCUUCUUCUAAAUCAAGAGCACCAAGAACUACUCCCCCUCUUCAGCCGAAUGAAACAAAAAAUAUAGAACAAGAUGACCUUCCUGCUGAUUGCUCUGCCAUUUAUAACCGAGGUGAGCAUACAAGCGGUGUGUAUGCCAUUAGACCAAGCAACUCUCAAGUGUUUUAUGUGUACUGCGACACCCAAUCAGGUAGUCCAUGGACAUUAAUUCAACACCGAAAAGAUGGGUCACAAAACUUCAAUGAAACGUGGGAGAACUACAAAAAUGGUUUUGGAAGAUUUGCUGGAGAAUUUUGGCUGGGCCUAGAGAAGAUCUAUGCCAUAGUAAAGCAGUCUAACUACAUGUUACGACUUGAGCUACAAGACUGGAAAGACAGCAAGCACUAUGUUGAAUAUUCCCUUCGCCUCGGAAAUCAUGAAACCAACUAUACGCUACAUCUGGCUGAGACUGCUGGCAAUGUCCCUGAGGCACUCCCAGAACACAGAGAUCUGAUGUUUUCUACAUGGGAUCACAGAGCAAAGGGACAGGUCUACUGUCCAGAAAGUUACUCAGGAGGCUGGUGGUGGCAUGACGUGUGUGGAGAAAACAACCUAAAUGGUAAAUACAACAAACCCAAAGCCAAAUCCAAGUCAGACAGGAGAAGAGGGAUCUACUGGAGGCCUCUGAAUGGAAAAUUAUACUCUAUCAGAUCAUCCAAAAUGAUGAUUCAGCCCACCAACUUAGAAAGCUUUGAAUAAAUUGAGACAAAUUAAAAGGCCAAUAAAUUAAACAUUAAAACCCUCCUAGAUUACUGUACCAUUAUAAUCUGGUAUUAAAUCUUGAAUGGAAAGCUUGAGAAAUAAAUUUUCAAUUAGCUUUAAAGUCACUGUUAAGAUUAGUCAUCAUCACAUCAACUUAACACUACUUGUCUUUCCCAAUCAACCCUUGUACAAUAUCAUUUGUUCAUGUUCCUGAUGUGGAAAUCAAUUUAAGAUGGUCCAAAUAAGCUGGGUGUGGUAGUACCUGCCUUUAAUCCAACACCUGGGAGGCAGAAGCAGGCAGAUCUCUGACUCUGAGUCCAGCAUGGUCUACAGUGUGUGUUCCAGUACAGCCAGUGCUAAACAAAGAAACCUUGUCUUAAAAAACAAACAAACAAAAACAUGGUUCCAAUCUAAAUCACAACUAAUGGGCAAAUUCUAAAACAUCCUUAUAUUAAAAACCUUAAAAUGUCAACUUCAAAAAAGUACAUUUUUCAUGUUAAACUUCAAAAAGUGGUGUUUGUAAAUCCUCAAUGUUAUCUUACUAGUUUCAGAAUUAAAUUCAGUCAAUUGAGUAUAUACAUCUGUAAUAGGAACUUUUAAAAUUAUGCUUCAUUUUGCUACAACAUGAUCUGGAUUAAAUAAUUUUUAAGGACAUCACAUAAAGCUGAGUGCAAUAGUGGGUUUGUACCAGGCCAAUGUCUACUAAUGCAGUAAAUCUGGAUUGUUGCAUCAUACUGACUUUUCAAUGUCAAGAAUAUAGUAAUUUAGCAUUUAUUUAACCCAUCUACCCUGUGAACAUUUUGUACACUUCAACAAUUAAUACUAUGAUAGUAAUUUUAAGUGUUAUUUGUCAAAAUAAAAUAAGAAUGAAUGCCUUUGUAGCAUUAAAUGGAAGUUUAAUAAGAAUUUAUUAUUUCUGGACAGGAUGCAGAUCUAACAUUUUGUGUAUUUUUUAAGAAUUAAAAAUCAU